CGCCAAAAAGCACAGGACCGCCCCUGCACUGUUUACAUAUUACACCGUAAUAUUUUUUUUGUAUAUUGCACUUGUAUAUGUUAGUACAUAUUCAAGUGCAAUACAUGUACAUCCAAGUACAUGUUCCAGACCGGUUCCUGAACCACAGAGAAGAAUCUUCUUGAAUUUCAUUCCUUCUCUUUUAUCUGCGCCGGGUUAAUGGAGCUGCGCUCUGAUUGGCUGAUCUCUGAUGACAUGGACUCCAUCCUUAAGGCCGUUCACAGAGAGUCGCGCCUCACUGUAAUUACAGACCCCGCCGCCCCCCUACACACACAUACACACACACACACACGUCUCCGCUCAUGACUUCACUCAGAGUCUGCGCGCACUCCCGGCUGCAGCAACCUGCAGACUUCACCUGAAUCUGACAACGUCCGCACACCACGCACGAUGCGUGACGUCAGGUUAGGUUUUCCUGUGCGCUGUCUGAGGAGGUAACGGUGAAGAGUUGUGAUCCUGCAUGUCACCAUCAUCAUCAUCAUCAUCAUCAUCACUGCCAUCAGCAUCAGCAUGGACUGUCUCCUGCUCCUGAUGUGGACUCUUCCGGUGCCUGUGGUCGGCUGCAGCUCCUUCAGACUUCUCUCCACCACGGUCCUGUCCUGGAAUAUUCUAAAGACGCUGCACAUUUAUCUCUCCCACACCCCCAGCUCCGUGUCGGCUUCUUCCAGCGACAGCCGCGGAUUAAACCACGACUAUGUCUUUGUCAUCCCGGUGGAAGUGGACUACGAUGGGAGUUACCUGACCCACGAUGUCUCCAGGAAGAGCCAUCGUGUCAGACGGUCUGUCUCUUCUCUACUGCACUAUCGCCUGUCUGCAUUUGGGCAGGACAUGCACCUGGACCUGCGUCCGUCUUCUGUGAUUGGACCGGGUUUCACUGUGCAGACCCUGAGCUCAGACGGCACCACAACAGUGACGGGGGACCCAGGGUUGAACAACUGCCUCUAUCAAGGAUACGUCCGGAACCUUUCAGCCUCGUUGGCAGCCAUCUCCACCUGCUCUGGACUGUCUGGAUUUAUUCGUGUAUCUCAGGAGGAAUAUUUAAUUGCUCCACUACCUCAACAUCUGGCCAAACAGCACAACUACAGUGCCCCCAGUGGUCACCACCCACACGUUGUCUACAAACGCUCCGUUGAACACAUUGUCCAAAAGUUGACUGGCGAUGAACAACAACAACACAACAGCUUUUCGAAACCAGAGACUCCAGACCUUCAUCAUCAUCAUCAUCAUCAGCAGCAGCAGCAGCUGGAACAUCUCCACCACAGUCUUCAUCAUCAGGAGACCCUGCAGAGGCAGUACUUCUGCGGACGCCGCAAGCAAUAUGCUCCGAAGCCCCCCCCUGGUGACCGCUUCAUCAUGCCAGAUGAGUUUCUGAUUCCACAGUUGGAAGGUCAAGCCAGGGCAAAGAGAUCGCCCAUAGACUCCAACAGAGUGGGGGGUCUGAAUGUGGAGACCCUCGUGGUGGCAGACAGAAAGAUGCUGGAGAAACACGGCAGGGACAACGUGACCACCUACAUCCUCACCGUCAUGAACAUGGUCUCAAGUCUUUUCAAAGAUGGCACCAUUGGGACAGACAUCAACAUUGUGGUGGUCAGUCUGCUUCUACUGGAAAAAGAUCCGCUGGGCCUGAACAUAAAUCACCACGCGGAUCAGUCCCUCAACAGUUUCUGUCAGUGGCAGUCUGGUCUCCUGGGGAAAGGUGGUAGGCGGCAUGAUCAUGCCGUUCUCCUCACCGGACUAGACAUCUGCUCCUGGAAGAACGAACCCUGUGACACCCUGGGUUUUGCUCCCAUCAGUGGCAUGUGCAGUAAGUACAGGAGUUGUACCAUCAAUGAGGACACAGGACUGGGCUUGGCCUUCACCAUCGCUCAUGAGUCCGGACACAAUUUCGGGAUGAUCCACGAUGGAGAGGGAAACCCAUGUCGUAAAACAGAAGGAACCAUCAUGUCUCCAACUCUGACUGGAAACAACGGCGUCUUCUCCUGGUCCACCUGUAGUCGACAGUACCUCAGCCACUUCCUACGAACACCCCAGGCUUCCUGUUUAGUGGACGAGCCUAAGCAGAUUGGUCAGUACAAAUACCCCGAGCAACUUCCUGGGCAACUGUAUGACGCCAACACACAGUGCAAGUGGCAGUUUGGCUCAAAAGCCAAACUCUGCGGCCUUGACUUUGUGAAGGACAUCUGUAAGUCUCUGUGGUGUCAUCGUGCAGGACAUCGAUGUGAGACCAAGUUUAUGCCUGCUGCAGAGGGAACCAGCUGUGGUGCAGACAUGUGGUGUCGACGGGGUCAGUGUGUUAAAUUUGGGGAGCAUGGUCCUAGAGCAGUCCACGGUCAGUGGUCAUCAUGGUCCAAGUGGUCAGAUUGCUCCAGAACCUGUGGAGGGGGGGUCAUGUACAAGGAACGCUCCUGCAACAAUCCCAGACCACAGAACAAUGGAAAAUUCUGUACUGGAUCCAGUCGCUUUAAUCAACUGUGCAACACUUGGCCCUGUCCUCCCACCAGUGUGGACUUCAGGGCCCAGCAGUGUGCCGAGUUCAACAGCAAGCCUUUCAGAGGCUGGUACUACAAAUGGAAGCCCUACACAAAAGUCGACGCUGAAGACACCUGUAAACUCUACUGCUCUGCCGAGGACUUUGACUUCUUCUUCGCCAUGUCCAGUAAGGUCAAAGAUGGUACGACCUGCUCCGAUGGGGAGGGAGGUGUGUGCAUCGAUGGGGUGUGUGAGGCAGUGGGCUGUGACCAGACUCUGGGCUCCAAAGCCUCUCUGGACGCCUGUGGAGCCUGUAAUGGAGACAAUUCCACCUGCAGGUUCUUCAGGGGAGAAUACACCGUUCAACAAUGGGCCAAUGAGUACUACUCCGUGGUAACAGUACCAACCGGGGCGAGGAGCAUUCACAUACAGGAGAUGGUGGCGUCCAGCAGCUAUUUGGCCGUACGCAACCUCAAAAGGAAGUACCACCUGACAGGGGACUGGACUGUGGACUGGCCAGGAAAGUUUCACUUUGGCGGAACCGAGUUCGUGUACCAGCGCUCGUCCAACCAGCCCGAGAGCCUUUAUGCUGCCGGACCGACUAAUGAGACGCUGGUGUUUGAAAUUCUGCUGCAGGGAAAGAACCCAGGUGUGGUGUGGGAAUACACUCUACCUCGCACCGAGAGGAAACCUGACUACAGCUGGGGCGUGGUGCGUUCUGACUGCUCAGCUCCAUGUGCUGGGGGUCGGAUCUCCACCAAGGCAAUCUGUCUGCAGGACCUGAAGGUCCAGGUCAACUCUACUCAGUGUAAUCCCCUCACCAGACCAACGCUGGGCUCCCAUCUGUGCAACACACAGCCCUGCCCUGCAUACUGGGUGACCGGUGAGUGGGGGCCCUGCAGUCGUUCAUGUGGAGGAGGUCAGCAGACCAGGACCCUACGCUGCCAGAGAAAGGUCACAUACCAGAGGGACGAGGUCGUGGCCCACUACCUGUGCCCUGUCAUUUCUCCAGCCCAGGUCCAGCCGUGCAAUACCCAGGCAUGUCCACCAGAGUGGAGCACAGGAUCCUGGUCUCAGUGCUCCAAGACCUGUGGCCGCGGACUGAGGAAACGCAGCGUGAUCUGCCAUAGCACGGACCCGGGGGCUGGUGCAGUGGUUCUGCCUGAUGGCAUGUGUAGACAGCAGCUCCGACCCAAAGCCCAGGAGACCUGUGUCCUGCAGCGUUGUCCCAAAAAUGAACGUCUGCAGUGGAUCCCCACUCCGUGGAGCGAGUGCUCUAGCUCCUGUGGCUCAGGGACCCAAAGGAGGUCACUUUUCUGCGGAGAGACAGACUCACAGGGAAGGUACGUGGAGUUCCCCAUACGAAGGUGUAGGAACUUGGCCAAACCACUGGUGGCUCUCCAGCAGGGCUGUAACCGGGGUCUGUGCCCUGGACCCCCGCAGGUCACCCCCGGAAAUACAGGUUCCAGUGUUGUGUUCCUGGGCUGGUACUCUUCCCCAUGGCAGCAGUGCUCAGUGUCCUGUGGUGGGGGGGUCCAGACCCGCUCCAUCCAGUGUCUGCGGCAUGGUCGCCCUGCAGUUGGCUGUCUAGCCCACCAGAGGCCUGUGUCCUCCAGGGCGUGCAACACACACUUCUGCCCAGCUGCCCCCCCAGCUUCAUCACAUCGACCAGGCUGGAACACCAAUCCAGGAGCCACAUCAAAAGACGGACGCUGUCUGGACCUGUUCAACUGGUGUCACCUGGUCCCCCAACACGGCAUCUGCGACCACCGGUUCUACGGACAACAGUGCUGCAUGUCCUGCUCCAACAGGAGACCCUAGAGCUGCGACGCCUCAUCUGGACCUGCGGCGUUAGAACCUCAAAAGAACACGUCCGUUCUCCGUGAUUCCUGACUGGACCUAGAACUGUCUCGGACAGCCAAGUUCCUGCCUGGAGAACCAGUCUGAUGGACUCACAGUCAGACUCGUACAGAAGGAUCGGAGUCUGGUCCUGGUGACGGUGAGGACACAUGAGGACAUUAUGGACACGUCUCCUCCAGCUGUGUGAAGGUGUUUGAAACCAAUUUAAAUUAUUAUUGAUUACAGUAUAUGAGGCAAUAUAUGUUUCAGUGCUGCACAGUGAACCUCCGACAUCGAGUGUGUGGACGUGACCCCGAGUCUGUGCUGUCGUACAGCAGAGGUCUCCGACCUAUGUCUGUCUCACAGACCGGUUUCAGUCAGACCUCGUUCUCAGGACCAGUCGUCAAGGUGGGGUGAUUAAAAAAACUGAUUUAAAGACAAAGACAAAUCAAAAGUGAACAGUGAACAGCGUGGGUUUGUCAGGUGACAAUCAGCCGAGCUGAUAAAACUGUUCCUUAGUCAGGACAGGGAAUAGAACGUUCUAUUAUUUUUUCCAAAGUAAAAACGUCUUCUGCACUGGACGUACAUCCAUUCAGUUUCUACCACAUAAUCAUUCCCAGGGUUGUGACGAGAGCAACAGCCAAUCACAGCUCUUCUCAUGUGUGGGUAGGGUUACACAACCAUUCACAUUCACACUAACAUUCACACCUAGUAGUUGGGUACCUCUGCUACAGACCACAGUGUUGAUAAUACAAGCUAACAUAUAUAUCUGUACAGUUCUUAAAUAUAUUCCUCUUUUUUGAAGUGUUUUUUUUCUGUUUCUCUGUUUAAAUACAACCUGUUUUUUCAAAUCUUCGUCUUUUUUCCCUCAGUCACAGCCUGAGCCUGGUGAAGUUUGACUUAUAUAUUGUGAGGACUGAGUGGGAGUGUGUUUUUAGGCUGCAGAUUUACUCUGGAGCAGAUUUAGGGAAAGGACUAAAAUUAAUACUGACUGAGUUUCACCACCAGGGGUAAUUGAUUUCUGGAACAAUCCUCUGAUUGACUGAUGCUUUCAUUUCAAGCAGCAUAAAGUUUUGCCCCGUGUGAGGUUCGAACUCACGACCUUCAGAUUAUGAGACUGACGCGCUGCCUACUGCGCCAACGAGGCUGAUGUGUAGGUGUUGUUACACGGGACACUGUCGUGCGGUCGCUGGCUGGAAAAAUGUUGAUGAAAUGCUGAUCAGAUUUCUCGGGUCUUUAAUAUUAAACUAUUAAUGCCUCUGUGCCUGCUCAAACCUCCAUGCCAUUCACUGACCUACUGACACAAUGUCCAUUAAAAAAGGACAUUGACGAGCAGGCACAGAGGCAUUCUUCUUCUUCUUUGGGUGAAACAGCAGCGGUUGUUGAGUUCUUUUUCAGUUGGGCUUCGACUGAUGACCUUCUGGAUGGAGCUCCGUGUUGUACUUCCUGUGUGACCCUGAGGUCAUUCUCGAGAUUAUUCCGGAUGAACAGAAAACACAUUAUAAUGAUAGGUCCUAAUAAAUACCAAAUAGUACUUGGUAAUUAUCACAGAGACAGUACUUGUAGUACUUGCACUUGUUUCUGGAGCACUAUCAUUUUAAGCAACUGAAUAUUACAGUAAAAUAUUUUACUGCAACAGCAACAUUGUUAAUACAAUGAAUGUUACAGCAGCUCCGAUGCUUUGUGCUGCGUCUGCGUGCUAAACGGCGUUGCCCCCCCGCCCUCUCGUACUCAUGAUUAACACCCACUUAGUGACUAAGUUGCCCAGUGUGUGCAGCCACACAGUGUGAGUCGUGGACACCAACAUUAGUUUCUGUGGCAACUCCUUUAACUUUUUCUCUCCCUCUCAACUUUUCCCCACAGGAAGCUGCGAGGCUUGGUGUAGAACCUCACGCUGCUUUUCUUCCAGUGAUUACCUCCCCUCCUGCCCCUCCUUCCCCUCCAACUCCCCUCUGGCACUGUGGGGGCAUCUAUUGCUCUUUAAUCAACCUGUGUGCAUGAAUCAUGAAGCCCAGAGUCCCCACGUCGUCUCGACUGCACGCUGUUUACUUGCACGCUGUGAGCCAGACAUUACGAGCUGCGGCCCACACGCCCGUACGUCGACUCGGCAAACAGACACACAAACAACGUGGGAUCCAAGCUCGCAACCUGUGUGAACACACACGGCUCGGAGCUCAUGUUGAUUGUGUGGAUGCGCACGGGUUUGUGAGGCAGAAGACGCCGUAGUUUUACUGCCGAGCUGAUGUAAGAAUUGCACCAACAUCCUGCUCUGACUCCCACCUGGGAUUCCACUGCUGCAGUCCACGCUGGUGCAUCCUGGUCUACGUCUGAUUAUGGCUGCACAGAGAAUGGCAGGAACCAGAGCGGAGAAAUCAAGAGACCAAGACAGGAAGAACCAGAAGAGACGGAAGGACGGUAUUUAUAUCUGAGAUCACAGUCGUUUAGACGAGAGGGUUUGAGCCGAACAGAAUAGAACUGAAUAACACAUAUCUGCUGCCAUGUCUGGAGUUGACCCCACAACCCUCCGAGUCAAAGACUAGGCCUGUGAGUGUGUGGGGUCUUUUACCUGUUACUGUGUUACUGUGUUUCAGGACCAGUACAGCCAAACUAGACUAGUCCAGGAGUGGCCAACCAAUCAGAGACCAAGAGCCUGUUACUGCAAGGAGCCACAAAAGUCCCCGUUGGAAAUUCUUGGUUGAUGUUAGCAUACGAUAGUGCAGUACUUCUCAA